AUGUUUAUAUGCAUGCGACACACGGGCUUGGAGAUUCUUGUUUCAAAUUCGAGGUAUCACACAUCGGCCCCCAAAGGUCAAACAUUAAGAAGAAAGCUCACUGCCCUGGCCCAGACUUUUCUAGGUGACUUCUUCCUCAGGACUCUGCAGCAGUCUUACUAGUUAUAAAGCACAAGCGGACCGCACGUCUCAACGCGGGAAAACAGUUCCACCUGCAAGAAUGCGACCGGGCUAGGCGAGAUAGAGUUGGCUCUGCGCCGCAGGGGUGUACAAGCCCGAGAGGGGGGAGCCCGAGGUCACCCCGCCCGCCCUGGCAUCCGGGCUGAGGUGCAGGCGCCUGGAGGAGCGGUGCGCAGGCCCAGAGGUAGCCGAGGACACGAGCGGACAUUCCGGGGACCAAGUACUGGCGCCUGGACGCACCUUCGCGAGGCCAUGCGGAAACUACUGGAAGCGAGGGCUUGCGGAGACCACCCCCGGGCGAAACCAAAGGAGAAAGAGGGGAACCCAGGGGUCCCGGGGCGCUCAGGCCCGCGCGGACGGGGAGGCCAGAGUGGCCCCGCAGCUAUCUCCUUACCUCACGGGCCCCCACGGGCUCCGCCCUCAGCUACAACCCGGCGGGAGCAAUGUGGCAGCCACAACGGUUGCCGGGGGUCGCCGCGGGCCGGAAAGCGGGGUUCGGGGAUGGAAAGAGGGCGGGGCGAAGCGAGCAAAAAGUUCCGGGGAAGCCGAGACCGCGACCUUCCGCGCUUUACGGCCCCCGGGCAAGGGUACGGCUAGCGCGUGACCUCAGCCGCGCACGAGCACGCCGUGACGCCCUCGCGGAGCCCCGCCCCUGCCACGUGAGCUUGUUUGGGUCUCGGGAGGCACCGCCCCCAGGGCCUUUUUGCCAGCCUCAGAGGCGAGCUAUGGCAACUUUGACUCUUAGGGCAGUUUUGGAACCCGGGCCUUGGACCGGCAGGGUUUCUGCACGUGGAACCGGAACGUCUGAGAUGAUCGCAGAUCCUGUGGAGGGUGGGGAGCGCGGGAGUUCUUUCUUCCCUCGAGGCCUGUGCCAGGGCUUACUCCAAAUCCAGUGGGUCCCCAGUCCUAAGCCACAAGCAGUCUCGGGGGAAAACGCUUCUCACCCCCGUGGGAGCGUGGCUCUUGGAAGUGGCUCCGGCCUUUCUUGGGCGAGGCUCUCACAGAGCAGAUCGGAAAUCCAUUCUGCUGUCCCGCCCCACCUCGGAGGACGGACUAACGGACCUGAGUUCCCGGCCCUAUCUUACUCCUCGCAGCUUCUCAGCUUGGCUCAGCUCAGAGGAAGAGGAAUCACUCACCCCUUCCUCACCGUCACAUCAGUCUUUUCUUUCCUUCUAGAACUCAUCACUGUCUCAAGGACAUAAGUUUGAUGACUGUCUUUUCCACUGGUGUAACACGGUCUCUGUCGACAGAACCUUAGUCUUAUGCACAGCUUUAUUCUCAGCACCCAGAACAGUGCCUGGCACCUCAUCCACUAAAUAUGAUAUGGAUAAGGGGCUCAUGGUGCAGUCACCAUUGCAUCUUGGACGACACUAUCCAGUUCCCGUUUGUUGGAUUCAAUACUGUCUAACCACACAAACCAAUCAUCUUGUGUUUUAUUAAUUUUCUAAAUAAUUUUUUUUGUAGAGAUAGACUCACUAUGUUGCCCAGGCUGGUCCUGAACUCCUGACCUCAAGUGAUCCUUCCAUCUCAGCCUCCCAAAGUCCUGGGAUUACAGGCGUGAGCCACUGUGCCUGCCCCAAUCUUGCGUUUUAUUGCUGGCCACCAGUAUAGCCCGGCACUGUGCAGGAUGAUAGGAUCCAGCAGUGUACAAGAAAAAUGGGGUUUCUGCUCUUAGGGAGUGGCAGUCAAGUUCCAGGGACCCCUCUGUCACAAGGCCAGGCCACAGCCUACAUAGUUUAUACCCCAUUUACUGGCCAGUCAACUCAUACAAAGACAACCCAGAUGAGGUCUGCAAGACAGCAGACUGAAACUAUGCCAUAGGCUCCUGUGCUAGAUAAAUACUUCCGUAUUUUAGCUAGGAUUGAAUGCUUGGGGACACUUACCUGUCUAAAAAAGGAGAAAAUCUUGACCGAUUUGAGACAUUCUCUGGGAAGGCUUUCCUGAUGCCCAGAUGUGGCAAUUUCAUGAAAAAUAUCAUAGGUUUUCCUCAUGAACCAUUUGGUUCAAGCCAUUUCCAGGCACAUAAAUUUGGGAGAAACCUGGUUGUCUGCAGGAGAUGGUGGAUGAAAUGAAGGUAAAUACUUAAUGUGUUGAUUUCAUUCUGUUUACAUGCAGUAAGUAGCAAACAAAUGGUA